GAAGACCCUCUCUUUAUUAGAGAGACCCUUCUUCAAUCUUCACCUUCUUCUUCUUCUUCUUCUUCCUCGAUUCAGAUCGUCUCCUCCUCAGUUUUAUACUCACCCUAAUCCUCCGAAUCUAUCUCCAUUUUUAUCCUUCUCUCAUCCCCAGAUUCUCCCUUCUCCAAGCUCUUCUCUCCGUCGACUCUUCUUCAUCACUCUAUAUCUUCCGAUUAAGACUUCUUUAACUCCGCUUCUCCUCGACCCUUUUCGGCUAAAUUCAGUCUCGAGUCUCUAUCGGAUUUGGAUUUGAAUGUAGGUAUCACCCACGAGAGUUGUUGUGAACGUAAAUCUGGGUUCUUUUUCUUGUGGGUCGUCGUUUUUCUUCUACAUGCAGUUUUGGGGAUAGUACGUGCGAUUCAUCGACUCAACAGACUUUAAGGCUUUAAAAGAGUCGUUAAGAGAGCAAUGGAAGGAGACAUGGUGGCUAAAGUGAAGAGAGAAACGGUGGUGGCAUGCAUGACUUGUUCUCUCUGUGAGAAACUCCUCCGUGACGCCACUACCAUUUCUGAGUGUCUUCACACGUUUUGUAGAAAAUGCAUAUAUGAGAAAAUCACAGAGGAUGAGAUAGAGAGCUGUCCAGUAUGCGAUAUUGACCUCGGGGGUACCCCACUGGAGAAACUAAGGCCUGACCACAUUUUGCAAGAUUUGAGAGCCAAAUUAUUUCCUCUAAAACGAAAGAGAGAGAGAGCGCCUGAAGUUGUGUCCUCUAUCACAUUACCUGCAAGGAGGAAGGAGAGGUCUAUCUCGUCUUUGGUGGUAAGCACACCUAGGGUUUCAGCACAAGCUGGUACAACAGGAAAAAGAACAAAAGCUGCUACGAGAAAAGAUGUAAGAGGUAGUGGCUCAUUCACUAAGAGAACAGUGAAGAAGGAAGAAGAAUUUGGAGAUGAUCAUAUAGAGAGCGCAAGCUCGCCUGAAACACUUAAAAAGUUUACUCAGAAUAAAAGGCAGGUAAAGAAGUCUUCAUAUGCCGAGCCUAACCAGUCCCUCUCAAAUCGAAGAAACAAGGAUGUUGAUGAACCAUGGGAUUCCAAAUUACAUCUUUGGAAACCUCUAAAUUUUCUUGUGGAUGUGGCAAACGGAACAAAGGACCCAAAAUCUGAGCAUGGAAAUGCAUCUCACAAUGAUGUUCAGGGGAGUAAAACAAAAACAAAGGAUCAUAAAAGAAAGUGUAAACUUGAGGAAGAGAUCAACAAUAACGGUGAUCCCACAACAUCAGAAACUGCUACACUUAAACGAACGCGUAGGACUCGCCGCAAAAGGUCAUCCAAUUUUGGGGAUUCAAGAAUUCCACCAUUACCAGGUGCAGCAAGCCUAAAACAGGAGAGGAGAAAUGGUCAUGUUUGGUUCUCACUUGUGGCGUCAAAUAAUCAGGAAGGAGAAGCAUCCUUGCCUCAGAUUCCAGCAAACUACUUGAGAAUAAAGGAUGGAAAUAUUCCAGUUUCGUUUAUCCAAAAGUACCUUAUGAGGAAGCUUGAUCUCAAGAGUGAAGCUGAGGUAGAGAUAAAAUGUAUGGGAGAACCAGUGAUCCCAACGUUGCAGCUUCACAGCUUAGUAGAGCUAUGGUUGGAAACAACUUCUAAGCAUCAAAGAGUCGCUGCGUCAAUAGGUUCCUCUGCAAAGGAAUUUGUAAUGGUGCUAGUUUAUUCUCGGAAGCUCCCUGAAUGCAACAACUAAAGCAUUAUUCAUUGAAGAAGAAGAAAAGUGCAGGAGCAGUGGAAUGUGUUGUGUAGAAAGAAACUUAACAAUUUAUA